AUGUCCAUAGUAUCCAAACAUGCCGGGGUGCGGGUCUUGAUAACACGUCGCGGUGUAUGUACCUGUACAUGGCGUGGCGAGGGUCCGAAUGCUUCGAGUACUCAUCAGCGCCGGACCUUUUUGACCACGCCAGGCUCCCGAGCCACGACGCUGCCCAUCACAGGAGCUGGGCCUCCGCCGUCGGCGCCGCAACCUAAAUCGUUGAGCAAUGCAGAACGCGUGGCUGGUCACCGGCGGAAAGCUGCUCUGCUCGAGGCAGCCAAGGAGAUCCGACAGCAGCAGGAUAAGCCAACCACAAAGUCAACAUCGCCUCUCAAACGACGCUUCUGGCAGUCGGUUUACGUCAAAGAGACGCCCGAAGGCUAUCAGAUAAUGCUAGACAAGCGGCCGGUGCGAACACCAACCAAGAAUGUCAUUUCCAUACCGCUUUCGAAGCCGACUCUGGCUCACGCUAUUGCAAUAGAGUGGGAUUUGCUGAGUUCGGCACAAGAGGCACUCAAGAAUCAUAAGAUCCCAAUGACUUCUAUAGUCUCGAGGGCACAUGACAUACUCGAAGCAGAUACCACAAUUGGGCCAAACAAUGAUGUCCGAGCGCAAAUACAAUCAACCAUGUUGAGAUAUCUUGAUACCGACACUCUCCUCUGCUGGGCGCCCGUGCGCUCGUCGAUCGAGUCAACUUAUGGGCCAACCACGCCAGCGCCAGAAGACGGUUCGCCUAAGCGCAGUCUCAGAGACUUGCAGAUGGAAACCGCGAAGCCCAUAAUAGCGUUCUUGACCGGCUCCAUAUGGCCUGGCAUUUCGAUCAUUCCCACACUGGACCCCGACAGCAUCAUUCCCACUCAGCAGUCGGAAGUCACACGGUCGGUCAUCUCCGGAUGGAUUGCAGGUCUGCCCGCCUACGAGCUGGCUGCCCUGGAACGAGCCGCUCUGGCUACAAAGAGUCUGCUCGUUGGCGCUAGACUAAUUGUGGAGUGGAGCGAAGAGUUCAGGCACUUACAGCAGAGUUCAGAGUCUACGACUAUGGAGACUAUUUCGACUGCAGCUGGUGGUAGUCAAGCUGCAAUCAACAGCGCAGAUCAACGCUUCGGCGUUGAGUCUGCUGCUCAAGCUGCAAGCCUGGAGGUGUCAUGGCAGACAGCUAUUUAUGGAGAGGUCGAGGACACUCAUGAUGUUGAGAAAGAGGAUGUGCGAAGGCAGCUCGGAAGUGCUGUGCUGAUGGAGCAUCCUGCAGUGUUAACAAAACUCAGAGUGGCUUACCCUACCUUCUUCAAGCAGAACUGGAUACCUCUUGAGUUGAAUCUCAAAGAUUUAUCUCGCGACGUGGUCAUAACAAUGUCUGAGCGUACGGACUUGCAGCACGACCUGCCCAAGGCGGCACUUCCCAGACUCGCAUUGGCCAAUGGUCUCCGCGCCGACGAUGUCAAUGCGUCAAGUAUUGCGGCCGCAUGGAUCUCGCAAUUGAACGACUACUUACAGGGCGGCUCUUCGGCUGAUUUGACAAAGCUUUUUCAUGAGGAAAGUUGGUGGCGAGACAUUUUGGCGAUGAGCUGGGACACUAGAGCUAUCAAAGGGCCGUCGUCAAUCGCCAAGUAUCUUGAGACUUUUGACCAUGGCCUGAAAAGGCUCACGUUGUCCAGCACGGGAAUGUUACAACCACGAUUAAUGGACCAGGGCGUCCUCUGGAUUUCGGCUGGAUUCAACUUUGAGACCAGGUUCGGUGUUGGGCGAGGUGUCGUUAUGUUGGUCAAUACCGACACAGAUGAGUGGAAAGCAUGGGUUUUCCACACCAUUCUCGAAAAGCUUCACGAGAAACAGGAAGAGCAGCCUUCUUCCAAGCUGUCAAAUGGCCACACAACCAACGGCGAGACUAUGAAGGACUCCUCCUUCGACCACACCGUCAUUGUCGUAGGCGGCGGCUCAAGUGGCCUCAUGGUUGCGGCACAAUUACGCGCCCGCAACAUCGACUAUAUCGUACUCGAGAAGUUCUCGGAGCCGGGCGGCAUGUGGCACAGCCGCUACGACACCGUCGCCACACAUACACCAAGUUAUAUGGACGUCUAUCCCUCGUUGAAAUACCCGGAAGAUUUCCCUGACUGGCCAGCACGCAAGGAUGUUAUCAAGUGGAUGCACACAUACGUUCGUGAACUCAAGCUGAAUAUCCGACACAACGUCACCGUGACCUCCGUUGCCCGCUCAUCUAGCUCUGCGAAGACCAGGUGGCAAAUCCAGCUCACCGACAACACUUCGAAAGAUACCUCCGUCCUGACGUGUCGCCACGUCGUCCUCACGACUGGUAUCUUCAACGCCUCAAUGCCCAAACUCCUCAGCCUCCCCUCCCACAUGGUACCCUCCCCUCUCUCCAUCACCAACGCCCGCGUGGUCAUCAUCGGCACCGGCAGCACAGGCUACGACAUCGCCGCCGACUACGUCUCGCAUGGCGCGAAAUCGGUCACGGUCGUUCAGCGCACACCCACAUUCAACGUGUCCCGCGAGACGGCACGAAAGUUGCACUUUGCGCCUUACAAUCCCGCGCUCGGUGGCAACGCCGACCAAGCAGACGUCUUGAUGAACGCCAUGGCGAUACCAGUCCUGCGAUCUGUGGGUGUGGGCAUGGCGCAGGUGGCGGCGGCGAUGGACAAAGAACUGCUGGACGGCUCAGAGGCGAAGGGCGUGCAGGUCAAGAGAGGGGAUGAUGGAGAUGGGUUUCCGGAUUGGUUGCUGAUUCGGCUAGGUGGGUUCUAUCUAGAUCAGGGCGCGAAUCAGUUGAUUUUGGAUGGGAAGAUCAAAUUUCGGGCUGCUGGGAAGCAAGGAGUGCUGGACGUUGACGAGCGGGGUGUGGUCUUCGAAGGCAAAGACGGAGGGACAGAAGUGGUGGGUGCGGAUAUUGUGGUACUCGCGACUGGGUUCGCGAGGGCGGAUCAAAUCGUUGACAUGCUGAUGACGGAUAACGAGGAUCGGAAAACGUUGGGGCAGAUUGGAUCUGUUGAUAAGGAGGGAGAACGGAUAGGUGUGUACCCGGAUAGUGGUAUAUGUUCGGGUCACAGGCGAUGGCGCGAUAGUACUCUGGUAUAA